CAUGGGGACGCUUUUCCGGACGUGACGUCAUCUCCCGCAGAGACAGCUGUUGAAAGAAGCGUUUCUCCCAUAACCUGUCAUCAAAUCCAUGUUAUUGCAACGUUUGAUAAAGUUCGCCUUAGUUUAACAAAGACGGACAAUAUGUUCCAGAGGGGAAGCGUACCGCUGUUGUGGUUUUUUAUGCAGGCUGCGCUCGUCCUGGUCAGCUGUUUCACCGACAUUGAAACGGGGCCUGGUGCUUUCGUAUCGACGCAACCGAACGGAGAUAGGUUCAAAAUUGAGGGUAGAGCGAUAGUUCCCGGCGUGAAAACGCAAGACUGGGUCUCCACGGCCACAGUCCUGGUUGAGGGUGAGGAAUACGUGGGGUUUUUGAGAACUGAUGGAAGUUUUGCUGUGAAUGACAUCCCUUCAGGGUCUUAUGUUGUGGAAGUUGUUACCCCUACAUAUAGAUUUGAACCAGUACGUGUUGAUAUAACUUCCAAAGGGAAAAUGAGGGCACGUCUUGUGAACUACAUUAAGACUUCAGAGGUGAUUCGUCAGCCUUACCCUCUACAGAUCAGAGCUUCUGGUCCUCACAGCUACUUCAUGAAGAGAGAAACUUGGGGGUGGACAGAUUUCCUCAUGAACCCAAUGGUAAUGAUGAUGGUUUUACCCCUGCUCAUAAUCGUUCUGCUGCCUAAAGUCGUCAACACCAAUGACCCAGAGAUGAGAAAGGAAAUGGAGCAGUCCAUGAACAUGCUGAACCCCAACCCUGAGCUUCCAGAUGUCUCCGAGCUCAUGACCAAACUCUUCUCUGGUUCCAAGGGCUCCAGCAAGGCAAGCAGCAGCAGCAAGGGCAGCAGGCCUGCAGCCAAGAGGAGGUAGUACUGUACAUGCCUGCUGGAACUGACUUACUACAUUAAAGAAAGAUUUUUCAAGUGUCAUUUUUUUUUCUCCUCCAUCUUAGUCUGCUGUACAGAUUUCUCUAUCAGUAAACGUUCUGAGCGCACCUUGAUUUCUAAUAUACAACAUCUUUGUUUCAAGCUGCACUGAAGAAAAUUUCUGCAAAAGCUAUUAUUCCUACUCUGCUCUAUACAUAGUUCCUUUAUGUAACAACUGUUUGUCAGUCCUACUUGUGUAUUUUUACCACUGCUGCUAAAUUCCUUUACCUAAAAAAAGAGCCUAUAUACAUAUUUCGAUUUUUUUCUUUUCUUGGACAGUUUUGGUAAUCCGACUGUGAAUGAAGAUGAAUUGAAAUUUUAAAAUGAGGAAUUCUUAUUUAAAAGUUUAGAUAAAUAAAUAAAAAAUAUAUAUAACAGUUUUUUUUAUUUGAGAAUCUGAUUUGUUUGGGAGUAAACACAUGACCUCGUUCUAUGAAUAUUAUGGUGUACUAUAUGCUUACAACUUACUUACUGUACAUUAUGUGCCUGAGGUGUAUUAAAGUGACAGUGGUUGACAGCUGAAAGAGUAAAGGAGUAUUUUGGUUGGUUAUCCAGAUAUCUGUGGAGUGUUGCUUGUCUUUUAAUAAAGUGGGGAGUGAAACAAAUAUUAAAAUUAUUGGCACAGUU